UCCUCGCUGUGAGGUCACUUCCGUUCUGCUUCCUGUCUGUGCCUGGUCUAAUUAUGUUGAUCACCUCCACCUGUGUCCUGUGUUAUUUAAGGUUCCCUUCCUCAUGGUUCAGUCAGUUCAUCGUGGACCUGGCCUGUGUGAAGCCUGCCAGUUGUCUGUUAAUAAAUCACUCAGCGCUCUGUCGGACGCCUUAUAAGAAGAGGCAGAAAUAGCGCAGCCACAGCGGAACCGGCUCUGCAGCAGAAAGGCGUCCUCGUCGUGCGGCAUCAUGAAGCUGCUGAGUGUUGUGGUGGUUGUGGCGCUGUGCGGGUGCUGGGGUGCGCUCGCUGUGCAGGUUAAGGCUGGAAACAUGAGCUUCCCCUUGGAUGCAGUGAAGGAGCUGAGAAACCUGAUGAACCUGAAUGAGGGCGUCACGGACGCCAGCAUCGCAGCCGUGUGCCACAACCCCCUCCUGCCUCAGGUGUUCGUGCCCGCGUGCCAGUGCAAAAAGGCAGAGGCCAUCUUCUCCGACCUGGGAAAAGUCUUCAAGUACAUCGAUCCUUGUGAGAUCUGUUCCUACGCCGCCUGCACCGGGUGUGUGAUCUGAGGCUGCAACACUCCACCGCUGCACUGUCACUCACAUGGAUUCAAACAGUUACAUAGAAAACGCUACUUAUUUGUUAAAUGUUUGAUAUAACAGAUUGUUCUUUUCCUAGAUGAUAACUUA